AUGAACAAUGUCAAGAUCGACAUUUUCGACUACACGCCACAAGACAUCAAGAACCCUUGGCCGAUGAAUUUUCACCUUGCGUUGGGAGGAGAUUUCGAGGGGAAAAUCGAAGUGCUGGUUGAAGUAAGAGACGAAAGAAUUUAUCAAAAUUUUUACAAGGGAAAGGAUUUUGAAUUGAUGAAGAAUACCCCUGAAAGGAACGCUAAGGAUCCGGUGAUCGGAGACCCUGAAAAUGCGCUUAUGCAGGUAGGGCAGAUGUUAAGUUUUGCUAGAUUACUCCGUAUUAUUGAUAUUGAUAUAAAUGAAGAGGGGGAGGGAGAUGCAAUGAUCAUGAUGAAAUUAGGAAUUGUUUUGUCUCUCCUUCUCCUCGUUGUGAGAAGAAUUCGGAUCAAAGGGUCUUUCUUGUAA